AUGGUGAUGUGUCUUCGAUCUCUGCGGAGAAGGGUCGUUGGAGGAUUCCAAAUUGGUGGUCUAGCUUCUGCCUCAGCUACUUCUUUCACACUUCUGAACCAGUCGUCGUAUCCUUCUAUCAGCCAAUCAUCGGCAGGUGUGAAAGUUGGGGGGAAAGGAAGUACUGAACUUGUAGUUAAAGGAGAGUACAAAGAGGUUCCUAAGGAGCUUAUUGCUGAGUUGAAAACAAUCCUUGAGGAUAACUUGACAACGGACUAUGAUGAGAGGUACUUCCAUGGGAAGCCGCAGAACAGUUUUCAUAAGUCAGUAAAUAUUCGUGAUGUUGUUGUUUUCCCGAGGUCCGAAGAAGAAGUCUCCAAGAUUCUUAAAUCCUGCAACCAAUAUAAGGUUCCUAUUGUACCAUAUGGUGGUGCAACAUCGAUUGAGGGUCACACCUUGGCUACAAAAGGAGGUGUAUGCAUUGACAUGUCAUUAAAGAAGAGGGUGAAAGCAUUACAUGUGGAAGAUAUGGACGUUUUAGUUGAGCCUGGAAUUGGUUGGCAAGAGCUAAAUGAACAGUUAGAACAAUACGGACUAUUCUUUCCUCUUGAUCCAGGUUAG